GUUGUAUCUUCAUGCAUACACGAAUAAUCAUGUUCCAGCUACUGCAAUUUUUUCUCCUUUUCCAGUUAUUUUUCUUUGCGUACGGCAGUGAUUCUGAUUCUCUAGUGAAUUGUACUGCAUACCCGACCGCUACGAUGUGUUUGAAUGACAUUUCUCAAGACCCGAUAAUUCCAACUGAAGAGGAUAAGGAAAACAUCCUUAGACUGCAUAACCAGUACCGAGAGGAAGUAAAACCGUUGGCGAAACAGAUGUAUAAAAUGGACUGGAGUGAUACUAUGGCGGAAUUAGCUUUGAAGUGGGCCAAGCAGUGUAGGUUCGACCACGACACUUUCAAUGCAAGAAUAAUUAGAGGGUAUAGCGGAGUUGGACAGAAUGUUCUGGGUGCAAACUUUCAACCUUCAUGGAACCUGACGGUCAAAAAUUGGCAUAGUGAGAUUGCGGAUUACCAUUAUGGAACAGAAACUGAUGCAAUGGUUGGACAUUAUACUCAGGAAAUAUACUGGGAUGCGAAACUCAUUGGAUGUGGAGGAGCAUAUUGUCCUAAUUCGCACUUGAAAUAUAUUUACGUCUGCGAUUACUAUACUGGCCAAGAUAGUACGUUGUUUCCUUACACGCUUGCUAAUGCUACGCAUCAAUUAACAACCUGCCCAAGGCCAGCAAAUAGUACACUUUGUGAUUGUAAUGGCAAAUCUUGUCAGUACGGUGGCAUGCUUGAUAUAAAUACUUGCCAAUGUACUUGUUACCAACUAGCAACCGGAGAUGAGUGUGCGGAAUUGACAUGCAAACCUGAUUAUACUUUCUGUGAGCAUUACAAAGAUACCUUUUGCGAUGUUAAGUAUAUGUACUCAUUCGCAAGAUAUUGUCCUAAUAUGUGUAACUCAUGCGCCAAAUGAUUUGCGUAUUGUAUUUGAUGCGACGCUUAAACAUCCAGAUAUUUUUCAUUUUAUCUCUACCUCUAUUAAUGACAAUAAUUAAAAUAAUUAAAAUUAUAGUAUCGUGUAUCUUUAUAGUAAUAUUGUUUAUACUAGGGGUUUAUGAAAAGUUUUCAACCUUGAAGGCUUUUAGGCCUUAAGGUCUUGAACCUUGAUCAGAAGUCUUGUACCAUGUUUUGUCUUUUUGAGGUCCAAGACUUUUCACACACCCCUCGUAAAGUAUUGAUUACAUAUCAAUACGUAAGAUACCUGUAACAAAAUAAAUAUAAUAACUACAGCACUA